UGCCAACCGAGUCAGUCCCGCCGUGUAAGCAGUCGAGCACGGACUCGAAGGGAUCAGUAAAAAGCUCUCGGUGAAAUGCGUAAUACAGUGUUUGUCUUACUAGGCCUUUUGGCCAUAAAUUACUUGGAGGAUGCUACCGGUCAUGUGGUGCCCGUAGCCCUUCCUGCCGCUGGUACCUAUCUGCUGUCUCCUCCUGGACAGGUACUUUUGCUGGUCCAACCACCUCCCCCGCCAGAGGACGAUGGCUCCUACAAGCCACCUUCGAGUGCCGAAGAUGGCUUGUGGAAGCCCCAGCCAGGGCUGGAGGGUGAGUACACGGAGCCAGCAAUAAGCGAGAGUAGUAGUGGAAGUGUUGAUGGGUCAGAUGCUGGUGCUCUGAGCUUGGAUGCCUCUGGAUCUGCUGAUGCCCAGGACGCUCCAGCUCCGGCACAGGCUGGAGGAGCAGGAGAAGCCGGUAAGGCUGGACAAGCAGGAGGUAUUCUCGGUGGAGCUGGUGGAGCAGGUGGAGCUGGCGGCGGUGGCAGUGCCGGAGGUGGUGGCGGUGGAGGAGGGGGCGGUGGAGGUGGUGGAACAGCAACCUCAGGGCAGAGUGGUGACAGUGGCCAGCCGGGAGCACCAAGUCCCGCGGGACCCCAACCUAAUGGUGAAGAUGGCGCCGAUGGAGCCGAUGGGCCCGACGGUCCGGAUGGGUCAAAGGGUGGAAAGGGCGGCAAAGGUGGCAAAGGGGCACGAAAUGGAGCCGGAGGCGGCGGUGGAGCCGGAGGAGCUGCUCCUCAGCCACCGCCAGUAGCGGUUUCAGUUCCAGCCGUGUUGGUCCCUGCUCCCGUUUGGGCAGAUCAAUAGUUGAAUGUGAUUCGCGUUGUGUAAGCUUCGAAUGAACUUUUUGCCAUUUUGCCUUAACCUCUUUUUGGUAGCCGAUUAAGUUAGUCUUAAAGCUAGUCAAUGUUUGUGGAGCUCACAUUUACCCUAAGCUAAGGCAAGCGAAUAUUAAAAUUCGAUUACAAAGUA